ACAAUAUUACUAAUCUAUAUCAUACAAAUUAGGGUUAGAUAUAUAUGCAGCUAGUCUUCAGAUGACUCAAAAGUUUGUCACAUUAUUCACCCUUCUGCUUUCAGUGUCAUUAAAAUCAACAAGCAGUUCUGGUCUUGUGGACGUAGUAGUAGUACCCUCAGAGAAAGAGCUCCCAGUCGGAGACUCAGUAACAUUAACAUGCAGUUUAGAUGACGCAUACCAGGAGGUGCUGGGCAGUUCCAUCAGUUGGGAAUAUCCUCAUGAUGUUAACAUGGACACUGUGACUAUAGAGAGUACAUUCUUCACAAUAACUUCAAUGGCAGAAAGUAAUAUAGGGACAUACACAUGUAAAUAUAUUGGGAUUAAAGACAACGUUUUUCAUAAAGGAACAGGAAGUUCAGUUAUAACUAUUAAACCCGAGAAACCAGGGCAACCCCAGAAAUUAGCGAUAGCUGGAUUUACUGAGGACUCCAUAACAAUGGAGUGGGAGGCUGGCUUCUGGGGAUAUGCUGACACUCUGUAUUAUAAGCUAGAGAUAAUGGAAGAAGAUUCCACAUGGACGCCCUGGGAGGAGGACAUUGCAGCCGAUGUGUUGGAGUACACAGCAGAGGGUCUCCGUUCGGAACAGAGCUACAAGUUCAGAAUAUCUCAAGUCAGCAAGGGGGGACAGAGCAUCGCCUCCGACCCUAGCAGCUCUAUCUACCUCGCUAAAGCAGGUGCGGUUACAGUGUACCCUACGAUAGAGCGACUGGAGCAGUAUAACGCCACUGCUAUCCGAGUAAUAUGGAAGAUGCCAGAGUUCUCUGAUAUUGUUAGUGAGUGGUAUGUGGAAUAUAGGAUAAAGAAUGAGGGUGACACGUACAAAGCACUUCAAGUUGAAAGACAAGAUCUUUCUACGACAAUUUCCACUCUUGGAGGAUUAGAGGAAGCCAGUACGUAUCAGAUCAGGAUGUAUUGUCGUAAUGAACACGGGAGGGGCCCUCCUUCUCAUGUUAUGGAGGAAACUACGGACGAGGCUGCUCCUUCUGCUCCUGCACAAGACGUACGAGCUGUGUUUGUGGAUAUUGAGAAAAGGGAGAUGGAUAUCAGGUGGUCUCAACCUAGACAGCGUGAUAUAAACGGAGUCCUUACUGGUUAUCAGAUAAAGCUGUACUACACGAACCCAGCUGAUGAUAACACAACAGUAGAGAGCACGUUUAAGGAUGUGGGGAGGGAACCCCGUCAACUCACUCUGUACCCGACCUCUCUGCCUUGUUGGGUGGCUGUUGCUGCUAAAACCGGGGAAGGGAUUGGUCCUUUCUCCGACUUUCAGAAGGUAGCACUACCAAUAGAGGAGGAAGCGGUUAAAGACGGGGCUAUGGACGAGGUUAUUGCCAUGUUCAAGCAACCAUGGGUUAUAGCGCUAGUUGGAGCCCUUCUUCUUAUCCUAAUCGUCAUGAUCAGUAUAAUCGCGUGUCGUCAACAGAAAAUAAAGCGACGUAAGUUGGAACAACAGCAACACACGCCCUUCCUUAAUUCCUACCACAGCAAUUCAGUAAAAAGUUCAAUGAAUGGACAACAAUACAGGAUGAGAGACGACGGUCCUCAGUACGAGAAGAUCCCUGAUAGUCGCAACACAACACCACAUGAUUCAGGUAUUGCCAUCCCACCUCCCAUUCCAGCCCGGAACACCCUCCGUCGGCAAUCCAGCGAGACAAUCGACUCUACCGUAACGUGUCCUGACUACUCAGAGAUACAGUCGGACCACGAGUAUGCUAACAACAACGAGCGGUUGGUAUCCAGCAGUACCCUGCCCAGGAGGGAGAAGAUGCUACACGACAAGGUGGUCCGGGACAACAUGAUACAUGAAAAAGUGAACUCGUACAUUGAUAACAGGAUGCCGCCACAGAAUUACUGUCCCAGUAAUAUAAGCAUGGAUAGCCGCCAAUACUCCAUGAGUCAAAACAGUUCAAUAGACGAUCUAGCCAGCACUAUACCUAGUGUUACCUACAGUAUACCACAUAACAGAGACGGUUACAAAGUUGUUAAUCCUACGCACAAUGAUGGACCAGGUCGAGAGAUCCCGGUCGCGAAGGUUCCUCCGAAAGCAAAGGAGCAUGAUCCUAACGCAAUUAAACCUAAAGUAUACGGAAAUAUAACUGUAAAAGAAUGGCGUGAUCAGCAGUUGAGAAAGAAAACGAGAGGAGGCGGAGAGUCAGAUACGUCACUUUUAUCCUCCUUUGGUCGAGGUAGCACUGACAAUGUGUCCGUGUCAGGCUCAGAGAGCGAAGAGGGUUCUGAUGUGGAGAAGUAUUUAGAGGAGGAUUUCUCCCCUAGAAACAGUGGGUAUUUUGAGGACGACCUCAUGGAUGUUGCACGCAUGGGUAUGUCACGAUCGCCCCCCGACAGUAGCGCAUUCCUCAAUCCCAACAAUAGAGCUAAACCACCUCAGCCUCCAAUAGCUGCAGAGAACAACCACAGACCUGAUGAUAAUACCAGCAUUUCCUCGAGCGUACUUAAUAGUGACUUCAGUGAGCUGCCAAUCGUGUGAGAAAGUGAGUCAGAUAUGUACAUGCGAUGUGAGGCCGCUCCAAACACCGCCCAACCAGCCAACAUUUAUAACCUGAACGGAGGAGUAAGCGACGCGGACGUCUGAUCAAGUCAUGUGUUGUGACGUCAUCAUGACGUAGCAGACUCCUGCCCGCCCACGUGCAUAAAUUGCGGAUUUAUCUAGGUUAAAUUGAUACAGCGUGCGAGAUCAGUGGAUAGCAAAGAUAAGCGACCUGAUUGAUGUCAAAAUGGAGUCAUGUAUAUUUUGUACAGAGUAAACGGAACCAUAGUGCACUCAGCAGACAACAAUCACGUGACGUGACGUUUGUGUGACGUGACUCUUGUCUUAUCAGCCUGAAUGAGAAUCCCCGAACGUUAAAACCUCCCCUUUUUUCAUGAACACUAUUGAAUUUCGAUGUAUUGCACGCUAGUAGGCGCUCAUUUUGAGAAAAUUUUACCAUGCGAUAACGGGUUAGAUCGUUGUCGGUGAUUUUAAAAAUAAGAAAUAUUUGAGAGUUUUAUUUAUUUUGAACUUUGAUUUUUGUUAGUUGCAUAAAGC